UACUGAGAUUGAUGCUGAACUUUGGUAUCUGCCAUAUGCUUCCUGAGGCUGACAAAAACUCUCUUGCCAGGGCAUACAGUAUGCCAUACAGGACGUACCAUUUUCCUUGGUACCUCAGAAGGUUGAAACCCGCCAAUCUACAAUGGCCAAGGUGUCCACAGGAAGAUGAAGAACACAUUGAAAUUGUGUGUGAAAUGGCAACACCCAGCCCCUGGGGUUUAUUUGAGAGAUGGUGUGUGCUCUCAACAAGGCACCUGAGUUACAGACAAGCUUGGGAAAAUGGCAUGUAUGCCUUCAGCGAAACUGACAUGAGCGUUGCCGUCAUGAUGCAACAUGUACAGGAAGGUGGAGCUUCUUCUCUGCAUGUCGCUGGAAGAGGGACAAGAGAGAGACUGACAACAGUGUGGACUACAGUUAAGAGCAUUGUCAGUGAGCUGAACACUCUGCUGAAAGAAUGGCCAGGACUGUACACAGACUCGAUCAUCCGCUGUGCCCACUGUAUGAAGACCUGCACAGACAACCCAGGAUACUUCAAUGGAGAGCUCCUGUACUGUACAGCACCUGGAGGUAUCCAGUCUUUGCGUUGCCGUAGAACCAGUGCAUUGGUGGAUGUCAACCUUGUAUACCCUCCCUCAAAUCCUACAGAUCAACACAUCAGCAAUGAGUGCGUACAGCUUGUGUCCAAAAAGUUGUCCAGAACAAAUUGGAGGCCCCUUGGACAUGUCCUUGGUUUGGAGGAAGGAGACAUUGAAGCAAUAGAGGUGCGACAUAGCGGGGACCUGAAUGAGAUGAAAUACCAGAUGUUGCAAUGUUGGCAAAGGAAGGCGGGACAGUCUGCAACAAUGGCAGCCCUAAUAUCAGCUCUCAGAAACACCACCGUGCAAGAAAAUGGAAUUGCAGAUGAACUGGACAAAAAUGUCUGCCCAGUGAAGAAACCAGUUGUGCCCUGAAAGGAAAUCAUAGGCAACAAGGGCUGUCUGGCAUUUAGUCAUGUCAUGUAUCAAACCCAUAUGUAAAGCAUAUACUAUAUACAAUGUAUAGACAUAUUCAGCAUUGUGCAAUAAGUAAGGUAACUGUUAAGAGUUGUGUAUGUAUUGCACACCACAUUGUUGCAAUUACAGGAAUUAAUGCAAAUUUAUGUAAAUGUCAGAGAACAUACACAGCAUCCUGAUUGGACCAGUUUAACUUGGUAUGUUCCAACCCAGCUUGUCUAAUUAGUCAUUGCUUAUGUUCCAAUUCCACUGUGAACACUGCAUGUAAAACAUUUGCCUCAACUUGCCAAUAUUUUACACUAUGGGAUAGCUUUAAAUUAGUAGUCCGCAGUUAUCACUCAUGGUAAAAUUAAGGAGGUAUGUUUUGGAAUAUGGAAAUUAGUCAGUAUUUGCACUAUAAUAGGACUUGCAUUAGCCCAAUGUAUUACUUCACAGUAAGCAAUGUGACAGAAUACUGCCAUAUAGAGGUCACAUUUAAGUAUUCCUACGCUCCCAUUGCACAACUAUUCUCCAAGCAAAGGCAAGGAUCCGGCUGGUGUUGGACA